AACCCAGGGCAACAUAAAAUGGCCAACAAAUGGAGGAACUGAGUGGAAAUGAUGUUUUACAGAACUUUUAGUGUGUUAAUACCACUAAUUUUGUAAACUUAGAGAAAUCUUUUAAUCAGAUCAGCAGCAUUGCCUCGUGAAAAUGCUCUUGUCAAUGGAGCUUUGUGUUGAAAGAUUGUUUGGGCGCUCCAAUAGUAAUAAGCCAUAAUGUUCCUGUUGCAGAAGCUUUGAAAAAAGUUUUCUUGCAUUCUAAUCCCAGGUACUGAGAAAAGGGGAGGAAGAGAAGGGCUGCUGCCAGGUACAAAUAAUUCCUUCAUGGACUUGGAGUUCUGCUUGUUUCUGAGAUCUUCUUUCCCCUGUUGUUCUCUAAAUAGAAAUCACAGGUUAUCCUGUGUACAAGAGAAAAUGGGGGUUAUUAAUUGUUAGAGAAUUUCUUUUCAUUAUAGUUAAUAAAUAGUAAUUUGGAAGGCUAAAGGAAAGAAGCAAGGGUACAGAAUAUUGCAUUCUUGCAAAUAUUACCCUGCUCUCUAUUUGGAUAUCUGAUAAUGAUACCAUCUAGAAGGCCAGUAAAAAUAGUGAAGCUGUGAAGCCAUGUUGGCCUUGCCUCUGAUUUGUUUUCAAGGAAUACUAGUGUUUUGUGGACUUUAUAACUGUAAAUAUUUGAGAUUCUGUUCCAAAAUUGUACUAAAUAAUGUUACACAAACUUUUGCUGUUAUGUAAGCUAGUUUCCUUUAAUUUGGUAUCCAUGCUUUCACAAAGCACCAAAUACUAGCUUUUCGUAUGCUUCCUCCCAACUUUGGGUCUCGGUUGUGAAUGUCCUCACUUCUUCCAUGGUUCUUCCAAAGGCUACAUGAAGCAGGACGUUAGAAGUUUUCUCUGAGAUAACUCUCAUCCCACUUUCUGAAAAAUCCUCCAGAUACUCUUUCCAAAGUUAAUAGUGUUUGUCAACAGCACAUGGUAACACCGAGUUUGAAAAACUGAUUGGAAUUACACUGCAAGCAGAUACUACACAGAGCCAGUAGACAAAGGAACCACAAAGCUGUCUUUGAAGGAAAGGAUGAACUCAGUUGAAAGCACAAAGAUACGGAGUGUAAAUCAGGCAAAGACAGGUUGCCUACAGUUGCUUACUAAAAUUGCAGGACGUGCUUAAAUGGAAGUCGAGCAGGUAGAAUAAUCAGGUAACUCCUUACUAGAUGUGGUUUGCAUCGUUUCUUUUAACUGUUAAUCUAACUUGUGUUUUCCACUCCACAGGACACUUACCCCUUCAUGUGAAUAAUGGUGUGUUGUGGUAAUCUGUACAUAUUAAAAUAUUUGCUAUAACACUAAACUAGACAGCUACUGUUUUUCCUUACUUUAGCAUUAAUUAAAAAUGAAAUGCUAUUACUCUUCUCUCUUGACUUGCUUAAAGCCUCUUUGCCUUCAGUGGCUCUGUGGCAGUGGCGUUGUCCUAGAUCUCUGUCAGCACACUGUGUUUCUGGUGGUGUGCUGGAUAACACAUUUCUAAGAGGCUUGUGGGAUACAAAAUCUCUUAUGCAGCAACUCCUGCAGUACUUAGCUUCAUGGUAGACAUUUGAAUCUGCAUCUUUCAUUAAGUCCAGACCAAGCUCUAUACUGGUGGUAGAAUACGUCAUAGCGGUCUACGUGAACCUGGAUACAGCCUGGGGAUACACCGGCACAAGAGGGCACGGAUCUUACUGGCAGAGAUGAAUGCAAUGAUCUUGUCCAGCUGCCCUUGUGUCCUUCUUCAUGUCACAGUGCAAAUAUACUCAGACCCUGCUGCUCUGGCAUUAAUGAUCCACUGAUCAGAGUUUAGGAGAUACUGUGAAAUGCACAAUGAUAGAUAAGCCCCAUUUGCUGCAAUUGUUUUGCACUUUUAAGAUUUGCCAAAGAAGAAAAGAGAAAAAGCUUAUGGACUUCUGUGCUUAAUAACUCACUUAAAUUUCUGUUGUAAGAGCAAUGUAGCCUUCCCCAGGGGAAGGGAAGAGAAAAACUAUGUACUUAUGAACCUGUAAAAUUUAGCUUGGCAACAUUUUAGUAACACUUUUAUGCUUUGUCCCUUUUAUUGUUAAAAUAAAAAGUAUGUGGUCUUAGCCUGGCAAAUGCUCACUUGCAUGCCUAAGAUUGAAAUCAGAAGUAUUAAUUGGGACUAACGACGUAUAUACAUGUUUACAGGUUUGGACCAGAGGUUUUUUCCAGAGCUUUUUACCUGUCUAGAAUUGAAAAGAAAGAUGAACUUGGUUUAAACAACUGUUUAUUCCCCCUACAUCCCAGCACAGUCUGCACACUGUUGGAAAAAUUGAGUUUUUGUGUUCUAGAAGCUGUAACAGUGUUUCUACUAACACUGUGUAGAUCCAACGCAUGCUAUGGCAGCUUCACAGGUGGAGUGUGAGUAACAGGAAAGUAGUACCUAUGCUGUAAACAAGCCUGCUGCUGCUUAAGAAAAAUGAAUCUGACCUUCUCCCCUUCCAAAAAAAAAAAAGUUAACUCUAAGAUUUGAAAUCAGUUUCUUUCAUAGAAAUUUUUUUUCCUUAGAAUUGUAGUGGAACUUUUCUAAUUUCAAAAGACUUUUUUAGCCUAAUUUCCUAAAUAAAUGAGGCCUAAGCAAUCUAUUUUGUCUUCGUCUGUCUAUCUCCUUGUCACCCUCUUCUUCCAGAGCCUGUUGUUGCUUGAUGUCAGCCAAAAUAGAUGAAGAGAAACGUGUUUCCACAAUCUUUGUGAAAACUGGCUUCCAAAUCAGAGGUUUGUUAGGGUGCCAAAGCUAGUGUUGGGGUCAGCCAUGGACCGUGAUGUUUGCUGGCAGCUGGCGAGUGACCGGGAUCUCUGUGCUGGCUGGCUGGUGUUCAGCCCCUUGCUUAUCUCUGGGCUAACCGUAGCUCAUGCUGGUGCUUGUCUAGGAGGCAGGCACGAUAGAAUUAGGCUGGAAGUUCAGGAACGGGUGCUGAAGGUGUUGCAGGGGAAGGAUCAAAAGGGGGGUUAGGGGUGUUACAGUGAUGGUGGUGUGUGGGACUUGGGCUGGAAAGCAGCAGAAACUGAAGUGACUGUGUGUGGAGGAGUGGGGGCAGAGCCGAGCGGAUCUGGCUGAGAGGGGUAUGUGAUUUAAAUAUCGAGGAAAUCAGGCUCUUCUUGCUCCAGGGUUCACAGGACAGCUUGCUGAUCACUACAAAUACACUGAGCAGGCAUUUAGCUUGAAAAGUGCCAAACCUGAUGAUACAUAAUAACCUGCAAGUAUAAAGGCUUCGCUUGUGAUCCAGCAGCCCUCUUUCAGUUUCAUUGAAAUUUUGGUUUGGGUUUUUUUUUUUUGUAGCCCUUCCUUCAUGUGUCCCUAACUAUUUUGUCCUAAUAUUUGAACCCCCUUAUAUAAAAAUCUUUGUAAAUAAGCAAGGAAUCCCAACUAUACAAUUCUCAGCUUCUGUCCUGAGCUUGGGAAUUGUUGCUGCUUGUUUUCAAGUGUUUCCAAAUAGCAUACAUUUAUCUGCCUUAUAGUGAUGGUGUAGUUUGAUAGAGUCGAUGGGAUGUUAGCACACUUAUCCUCAUCCGAGGAAAGAGAAACUGCUUAUGCAGAUUACUGAAAUUUAGGAAAAACUUGUGGAGAACUAGUAUCAACUCUUGAUACUGCAAAUAGUGCAGGAAUGAAUUUUGUAGACCUGUCUUCAGUGUCUUAGCAAUGUGUUCUUUGAGACUGAUAAAAAUUUAGUCUGUGAAACCCUGCUGGCAAGAGCCAGCCUCAUGCCAUUACCUGCCUUCAUGGGUGGGAUUAUUUAAAAAAUGCUCUCCUCAUUCCCUGUCUCCCAGCUGCACUGUUCCUGUUUAUGUUCUUUUAUGGCUUUCUGAUUUGUGUUAUCUCCCCAGUUUUGUUUGUGUUUAGGCUGAAAUAUUUUCACAUCAAAAUUCCUCAACCUGAUCCUGAUCCACUGUGUCUUUCAACUGCUAAUUAGCACUGCAGGUGUUUGAUUGCAUUAACAAACACUUUUUGUUGGCUAAACACAAUAAGCUAUGGAAUCAUGUUACUCAACCCAUUAUUGUGAUAUGCCUACUAACAGCAUCAGAGAAUUUAGCCACACUUUUAUUUCUAGAAUGCUAUUUGCAUGAAUUUGCUUAAUUUUCCUGUUCUGGGAUGAGGAUGGUGCCUUUUAGCACCAGGCAACCUCAACCUCAUGUUCAUCACUUGCAGAACUAAGCUUGAUUUGCUUUUGAUUUUUUUUUUUUUUUUCCAGUGCGAAGCAGAUUGAGGGAAAUAGUGGGAGCAUCUACCAACUGGAGCCCAGAAUGUCUGGGAAGGAACCCCGCCAUAUGGAAAUACCACCUGAGGAUGAAGAUUUUAGAGGCUCUGGAAAAAUCUGAUCUUCUAUCCAUUUCUUUUUCUGCACUGCUCCAACCCUGGGAGGAGAGUAGGCUGAAGCCAGGAUCACCACAACAGUGUUUUUCUUAGAUAGGUAUGUCUCUUGUGGUGUAUAAAUUACACCAGAAAUGGUUUGCGGAGUGCUGUAUGCUUCAACUACUAUGAAGAAGUAAAGCUGGCGACCCCAUAGCUGGGAGUAGUUGAGAAUGACAGGGUUAGUAUGGGAGGUAUGAAGGACAAGGAUCAUGUUGCCUUUGAGAUCAUACUUUUAAAAUGGAGUGACAAAGAGUUGAUACAUGUGGACACUGAACAGCCGCUACUUUAGUUAAGUUAGGCUGCAGAAUGACUAAAGAGGACAAACCUAAGGGAACAGCUUGAUAGGCAGGGGUCCUGAAAUGGGAACUAGGGAAGGACUGAUGCACAUACAACUGGAUUGCUGGGAGAGAGGAGAGAUGCAUGUUGGAGGAAUGUCUUUGGCUGUUAUAUUUGCUAAAAGGAAACUUUGGUUUGUGAUUUCUCUUGUAAAGGCCCGUAGCAUUUUGUAUCAGAAAGAAAUAUUUUGUGCAUAUAUUUAUUCUGGUUUUGUACUUAAAUUGUAAUUUAAACUAUUAAUCUGCUCAUUGUUAAUUAUAGUCUAGAUGGAAUUGUGGCCAUUUCAGAAAUAAAUAGUGUAAUUUCUCAGAAUGUUUAGGGCAGGCAUUAGUUAAUACUUAGAUGAACUAUCGUUACUGUAUGACUGGUACUGUGGUGUGUAACAGUAUUUAUCUGUUGAAAAAUGUUAUUGCCUUGAGACCAAUACUUCUGUAUAUUGAAGAGCACAUUCUGAAGCUGAAGUCAAGAAGAGUUCUGCUGCUGACCUCAGAGGAGCCAGGAUGGCACUGGUGAAAACAGAACAUAAUUAAAUUUUUAUUGUUUGGUCUCUCUGUGCUUGUAGACAAAUUUCUGGUUUACUCUCUGAUUAAGAUUUACCCUCUGAUAUAAUUUCUCUGAAACCUUUCACUUAAAGACCUUGGAAGCAAAUCUUUUAAAAAGCAUAAAGGUGCAUCAUCUUGGACAUUGCAUCUUUCCUUGGUCAUCUAGUAUAUUCUAUUUCUGUACAGUGACAUAACUUCAAACAUUAACCCCCUGGAGGAGGUUUUUAUCUUUCUAUUUUCUCUGAACUCUGCAGUAGUUUUAUUGUUCAGAUGUGGUAAACCAUAUUUCAUAUUUAAAACAAACAAACAAACAAAUUUUCUGCUAGACUUUUAUUCUCUUUGAUCAUGAAUUAUUCAUAUUUUUCCCCAAAUUAUUAAACAGAAAAGAGGGAAUAUAAAUAUGUUGCAGCGUGACUGCUUUGGACUUCUCUUCCAAAAAUAAAACUCAAAGCAAAAAAAGUCUUCAUCUUAAAUGGCUAAUUCCCAGAAUGUAUCCAAAGUCAAAACUUAAGACAUAUUUUAUUUUUGGUGGAAAGGUUCUUUGUGGUGUUUUCUUUUUUUUUUUUUUUUUUUUUUUUUUUUUUUUUUUAAUUGUUUUUGUUAAACACAAUGGCACUCGGGUCUCAGCAAUGCAGCGUGCACAACUGAAUGAAUGACACAUUUCCACAAGUUUAAAAUUAAGUUUGGUUACAUGCCUUCUCUUGCUCUAUGAAAUGGAUUCAUAGUUUUGCAUACUUCUUGGCUUUAUACUGGAACUGUUGCAUGUUUAACCCUUAGGUUCUUAAUGCUUUGUUGUGGAAUGUCUAGGAAUGUUAUGAAAUACUUGCUUUAUUCAUCAGGUUGCACUUUUAAGGGGAGAAACCUUUGGAGGAACAGGUAAGAGAGAAUGUUGGGCAAGGUUGUUGUGUCUUGUAGAUACCUGUGCAAGGAACCAAUUUGGUAGAUUGGAAAGAAGUGACAGCAAGUUGGCCUUUACUCUUUUGUGAGAGUUGCAGCCCCUCUGACUUGGUGCUGGAAAAGCAGCUCUGAAGGCAUAGCGCUCCUUUUCCUCUAUUAUUUCUUUCUAUAACCUUCUGAUAGGGUCGUAAGAUGACUGGGUAGGAAGAGAGAGGGAAAUAGAUUAAUUUCCCCUUUCUUAUAGCUUGCCGAUCAAGUGUAUGCUAUAUGAACUGAUGCUGUAAAGGGAGAACUCACCUGUGGAUGAUAGCAAGUCUUAGCAGAUUAGUUCUCUGUUGUUAGUGAUAACCAACACUAUACAUGCUUUACUUCUUGGGAGAGAUUGUAAGUUGACAGUCAGUCCUUCAAAAAUUUGGACUGUAGGAAGAGUUGUGAUAUGGUAGCUAUGGAAGACAUGAAUAUACACAAAACCUCAUAUGUUAAAUUAUGUGUGAUUUGUUCUUUUCAAGGGGAACCAUUUUGGUAGCAUUCAGAAUUAGAUAAUUUUUGUUCAUCUCUUUAGUGCAAAGUAUGUGCUUGCCACUUGUACACAAAAAUAUUUAAAAGUUUUCUGCUGUAGUCUUGCUUAGCAUAUCUCAUUAUGUGCAUUUCACACUCUUUUCAUGGCACGCUUACUGUGCCUUACUAUUUUUACUACUGUUUUGUUUUCAUUUUCGUAAUCUUCAAUGUGACAUCUUUUAGCUGUGGUUGCAGUUCUGUUGUCAUACUCCAGUGGUUUUUUUUUCCUUACAGGGAUCAUGUGCAAGCAAUGCAAGAAAGAAAAGCUCUUUAUACUUUACUGCCAAAACGGCAGGAAGAUCUCCCUCCUAGGAGGAUGAAGGAUAGCUACUUGGAAGUUAUUCUACCUCUAGGAAGUCAACCUGAAGUAAGAGAAAAGUACCUGAAUGUACACAACAGCGUAAGGUUUGGAAGGAUACUUGAAGAUCUUGACAGUUUAGGAGUUCUUAUUUGCUACACUCACACCAAGCAGGAAAUGCAGCCAAAGUCUCCUUUAUCAAUAGUUACAGCUCUGGUGGAUAAAAUCAAUUUAUGCAAGAGGAUUAUAUAUCCAGACUGUGACAUCAAAUUCACAGGCAAUGUUUCUUGGGUUGGAAAGACCUCAAUGGAAGUGAAAAUGCACAUGCUGCAGCUACAUGAUGGUGAUUACAGCCCCGUGUUAGAUGCAACCUUUGUCAUGGUGGCCCGGGAUCCAGAGAAUAAAGGGCCAGCAUUUGUUAAUCCACUAGUUCCUGAGAGCCCUGAGGAAGAAGAAAUCUUCAAGCAAGGGGAAUUGAACAAGCUGAAGAGGAUUGAUUUCAGCACUGCUUCCUUACUGAAAAUGGCUCCCACUGCAGAAGAAAGAAACAUUAUUCAUGACAUAUUCCUUAAUACACUGGACACAAGGACAGUAAGUUUCCGGAGUCGUAAAUUACCCCCCAAUUCGGUGUGGAUGGAAGAUACAAAGCUAAAAGGCCUACAGAUUUGCCAUCCUCAGGAACGGAACAUCUUCAAUAGGAUCUUUGGGGGUUUUCUCAUGAGAAAGGCGUUUGAACUGGGAUGGGCAAUUGCUUGUAGCUAUGGGGGUUCCAGACCUUUUAUUGUAUCUGUUGACGACAUCAUGUUUCAGAGGCCAGUUGAGAUUGGAUCCUUAUUACUGCUUUCUGGACAGGUCUGUUACACAGAAAAAAACCACAUCCAGGUUCGAGUACACACUGAGGUUUAUGAUGCAGAUACCAGGGAUCACCACACAACCAAUAUCUUCCAUUUUACAUUUAUAUCAGAAAAUGAGGUCCCACGGGUUGUCCCCAAAACAUAUGGAGAGUCCAUGUUGUAUUUAGAUGGGAAGCGACACUUUACUGCUGUCAUGAAAGAAAUCUGACAGGCACUGGAUCAGCAGAAUAGCAGCAUGCUGUCUUGGAAAGAGUUGUCACCAGAGAUGGCUAACAGACAGGUGCUUGCAAUACCCCAGAAAAAUAAAACCAAAUCCACUCCAAACCAAAAACCACAAACCUAAACCCCACAACAGAAAACACCUUUUAAAUGCUAUUUAUGUAUUCGCAUAUAUUUGGAUUUUUUAUUCUUUGCUACUAGAAUUUGUUGAAAUCUAAUUUUACAUGCUAACGCUAGGAAAAAACGCUGAAAAAAAUACAGUACUAAGCUUCAGGUAGCUUCUUUUUGUCUUCUUUGAGUUAAUUGCAUUAUGACCUUUGCUGUCUUGUCAUCAUCUGCCGCCUUUCCCUUAGUAGCUCUCCGUUGUGCUUCCCUGAUAAGGGAUAGAAGUUCUAUCAGAAGAAUGUGUGCAAUAAGUAGAUACACACAGUCAAAGCCAUUUGACCUACAUUCUUGUGUAAAUUCGGUUUAUUUUUUGCACUGUGCAGAAGUUCCUAGUGUGUGCACAGUAUAUAGCAGGCGCUUUCCAUCAGCUGGGAUUUUACAAGGCUGUUACAGCUCCUGUUUUGGAUGGUUUCAUGGUUCCCCUGGGAGAAAACUGAUUUUUGCACUGGACUGAGGUGGCCAGAUGGCUUCUUUGGCAUUCUGUCUGUGUACAGCCAGCCCUUGCCAGCCUCUGCUAACUUUUUAACUGUAAGUUCCUUAAUGAAUUAUUUCUCAUGGUCUGUAGGGCAGAGGUGUGAUUGGUGAGGUUGGGUGGGACUGGGAAAUGGCAUUGUAGGGCAGAAUGUUUUGGUUUGUUAGGGAUUUGGAGCAGAAAAAGUAAAAUGCUGCUCAAACGGUAAUAGUUAUGUUUGAUGCUGGCAUUAGAGGUCCAGCAACUCUGUGUUGAGCAGCUCCCAAGUCAGCUGCUGAAUGGUGAGAGGAUUUUUAUCCCACUGAGGGGUGGUACAGCUAGAGGACAGCCCCCCUUGGCUGGAUUAUUUGUCUGGUUCCUUUGUAGACUGUAAUGAAAUAUGAGUAUUGCACAGCUUUAAAGAUUGUCAAGUUUAUCUGUGGAGGACAGAGUAAUGCCCCGUCACAGAAGGGACACUAGGGGGGGACAUAACUAUGGCAUAUAAGUAGCAGAGAGAAAGUUCUCAACACUGAAGUGUUUCUGAUGUGGUGGAGAAAGUACAAAUCAUCUCCAAUAUCUGGCAGAUAAAGCCCAACAUCCUGAAAUUAGGAAGGUGAGUGGAUGGGAGGCAUUAACUUUUAGUGGUGAGGAUGAUUAGUCACAAGCAUAAAACUGGACUGAUACCUUCACAUCAAGACUGACAUUGUGUCUGAUCAAGACACCCAAAGAGGAGUAGUUAGGCUCAAUGGUAGGUUAAAUGGAUGAAAUAUGACAUCUUACAAUGCAUAAGAACAGACUCUGGCUUUCCUGCUAGGUUUAAAAUCUUUUGAAAUCAGGAAGCAGUAAGUAGAAGUUAUGUGGAUCGGCACAGAUGCACAAAACAGGUUGAUAAAAUAAAGCUACAUGUCGAAAGUUUAUUUCUAAGUAAGAAAGUUUGAGAAAUUCACAGUUAAGACCAGCAUCCUUUGGAGCUAGGAUAGCAGGAAGGUCAUGGCUCCUAACAGCUGAUUGGUAUUCACAUGAGGAAGGUGAGUGUUGUAUCAACCAGUGUGUUGUGCAUCAGCCUUUCUGUUCUAAGAUUUGGCUGCCUUCAGAAGUUAGUUAUCUUUCCAGUGGAGGGACAGAGGCAUUGCUGGAUCCGGAUCAGUUGAAUGCAUUGCAGUGAUAGCAAGCUCUUGGUUCCUGGCAUGGAGUUUCUCUCUUCAGCCACACUCCAGUGCUGACCCAGCUGUAUGCUGUUACAAUAUUUUUAUUACAGUCUUUUUAUAUACUGUGGAUAUAUAUUGUGUUUUCUGUUUUGCUCCUUUUUAAAAAACACUUUUGAAGCUGAAUGUACUUAACUGACCACACAAAGAACUGAAACUCUGGAAGGCAGGAAGUGGAGGGAUCUGUGUCAGAGCUAUGUAUUAUUCCUGACUCUGCAGGAUUACAUCAACCCAGUGGUCCUACCUGGGUCACUUUUGUAUAACACUUGUAAGUUAAUGGGGUACCUAGUUCUUCCGCUAAUGCCUCUUCAGCUGUGUUCAUCAUAAUUUCCUCAAUUCAGCCUUUGGGAAGGGAUUGAAGAGGCAAAAAAUAGGUAAUAGAGUAGGGAGCAACAAUGGGAAGAAAAUGAGUCCUGCAGAUGAAGAUGCUUAGAAGAAUUACUGUGUUUUCAAAGUUCAUCCUAACUUAAUCGCAUACCGCAAUCACAGUAGAUAUAGAAAUGUAUGUACAGUCGUACAGAAUGUGUGUGUAUAUAUAUACAUAUGUAAAAGAUAUAAAAAUAUAUACAGCAGUAAACAGAAAGAUGAAGAGUAUGUGCUCACAUAUUUUUUUCUCCGAGAAGGUAACUCCAAGUUAUCACCCUCUCUGAUAAGAGGCUAAAUGUGUCUUUGUUCAAGGGUGUUAUUUAUGCAUGUCGUUCUGUAACUUUGUGUGUGAGAGAAAACUGUUCUUGGAUCUCACAUUCAGAGUUAAAAUAUUUAACAAAAUGUUAAGCUUAUGUUGCAACUUACUGGCCAACCCAUCACUGCUGCCAGCGACUAAUCAUUAACACAAAAGCCUAAAGGUAUUGGUAGAAAAUAUUUUUACUUGUAGUGAGCCUUUCUAUGUAAUUGGCUGUGGCUCUGCAGUGGGAAGUAAAUGUUUCUGUGCCCAUCACGUCUUGGAAUACAGCAAGGAGGAGGAAGUGUGUGCUAGCUGGAUUGCCUCCCCAUACCUUCUCGCUUAGUGGUGGUAUAAAAGAAGAUUUCUGUUGGACUGGCUGAGCUCAGUGCCUGAAAAAGCACUUUGUUUCAAAUGGUUUUAUUUUUUGGUGUUUAAAAUCAAUAAAAUGACUUUCUCAGACUUACUGUAA